AUGAAGUCUUCUCAUGUUGCACUCGUUGUAUCAGCCCUGGCCAUGACGGCUUCCGGGGUGAGCAUAGGCCAAUUACCACCGUCUCCAACAAAGCUGUCGCAGAACUCAAAAGAAUACGAAUCUGGUCCUGGAAUCGAGGCCAUCAACCGUCGUCGUCCUGCCCGAGGCCCACUUCCGCGCACUCACAAACGAGCUAAAGGCUCAAAGAACCUGUUACAAGAAGAAAACAGAACUCUGUCCAAAGGAAAUGACGAAAACGAGCUACCGACCUUUGAAGAGUAUAUCAACUCCUUAACUCACCCAACCCAUAGGAAUCUCCGCUCAGCCUCAGCACAGCUCAAUCGUGGUAAUGCUAAGCAUGCCAACCCCAACUCAGCACGCAAAGCUAUUGCCUCUGUCGCUGUAAAAGCGACCUCGAGCGACAUUCCUGGAUUUGUGGACAUCGCUCUCCCUGAUCUACAAUCUGGGGUAGCCAGGACAGUUUCCGGACUAGCGUACUCGAUGAACUCUGGUCUUGGCGGUGAACUGGAACUCGGCACUUCUGCAUCUCACUCGACUCAAUUCUUCAUGUCUCCCAUUAAGUCUCGUCCUGGCUCUUCACUCUACCGCUUGAGAGUCCCCGUUAUGGACAGCGCUACUUUCCAAACUACCGAUCAUUGCGCCACAUUCCCCAUAUCGCCCGCCGGUCCACUAUCAUUGAAAAAAUGUGGUAGCAUGCCGGGUUUCUCUCAGACUUUCUCUUAUGACGCUGCUUCCGGAGAGCUGCAGCCGGUGUACCACGAUGAUUCCAAUUCCAACUUGGCUACCAACGACCAGAAUGUUCUCAACCAUCAGAUACACAAGCGCGAUUUCUCCGGACUUUCAAACUGCGACCCUGCAUCUGCGCCUCUAUCCAAACGAGAUGGCACACCUUCAUCAUCCCAACCCCCUUCUGCCCUCUUCUACUUUGUGCCCGCACAAGUUGCUAAGACUGGAGCUUCCAUCCCCUCUAAAAACUCCGAUCAGUAA